AUGGGCGACUCCGGCGGCACCAACGCCGCCUCCCGCCACGAGCAGGCCGCCACCUCGCGCAGGGAAUGGGAAUGCUUCCUGCAGCGCUGUCUGGUCCAGCGCCUAGACUUUGACAAGUUCGCCGAGUAUGCGCCCUUGCUGCAUGCUCGCCACCCCCUGGGCCACGGCCCCGUCGCCGACCUCGUCCUCCGCCCGACCUCGUGGAACAAGUACACCCUCGAUCCACGCGUGCCCCACUACAUGCAGACGCUGCUGGACCUCGGCCUGAUCGACACCCCAGCGAUCCUCGCCGCCCUGUACCGGUACUCGACAUGCCACGUCCUGCUGGCCGCCGAUCCACACCGGAAACAGGGCGACGGCGAGGCGGACGGUGGUGGCGACAAGCCCGCCGGGGCGGCAGGGAAGAACGAGGUCACCCGCUGGCAGAGCAGCUUCUCGUCCGAGGAGGUCAUCUUCUACCGCCUCACCAAGGCGGUGGCGCAGGGGCUGGCCAUCAGGAACAGCCGUGAUGCCCUGGAUGUCAGUGCCGUCAUGGCCCGGUGGAUGACCCUGUUCACGGCCGCCAGCGCGGCCUUUCAGGCUGACGAUGACGACGUCAUUAUGGGCGGCGCUGGAAGCAAAGCUUCGCAGCAGAGGCGAGACGACAUGGACAACUCGAGGGCAGCCUUUGUGAUGCUGUUGUUAGGCGUUUGUGAGAACCCAGUUGUGCUGCAGGCCUUGGGCAAGCCUUUUGCGAAAGGUGCGCGUAAGGCCCUCUCGCAAAGCCUUGCCAGCUUCAUCCCGUCGAUAAUGCAGAAUGCCUCCCAGAUUGCAGCACGAUUGGAGCUGUUUCGCACCGAGACGCUGGCUGGUUUUGAGCCGAUCGAUAAGAAGAAGGAAGCUGCCAAUGCCGAGAUGGAUGAGCUGCUCGACGAGACCUUGGGCCUGCAGAAUCUCUCAAUACCAGACCUGCACGUCGAUAGGUCUCGCGCAGGGCUCUAUAUCUAUCUCAACGCCGCGGGAGAUAUUCAACUGACUGCGAUCGAUCUCAUCCUUGCAUCCUUCGACGUGCUCGCCAACGCCAUCUUUAAGAACGAGGGCCAGAAGACGGCGAAUCUCAUAAGAUCAUAUCUGAUCAACAAAGUACCGCUCAUUUUGGCUUCCUUCGCGACGUCGGAACCAAUGUACCCAUUCAAUUCAGAGUUGUGUAUCACCAACGCGCUGAGUCGAGUAGACACCAACACAUUCCCGACACUGACAUCCCUCUUCGAAAACAACCUUAGCAGCAACCCCUUCACAGAAUCGGUCCGCUCAGAUUUUGUCACGGCGUGUUGUCUGCACGGUCUUGUGCCGGAGACGAGCAUCGACAAGCUCAUUGGUGACUACACCUACCAGACCCUGCCGGCGGGCGGGCGCUAUAACAAGGACAAACUCGUGCAGGAGUGUCUCGCGGACCCACUGCAGGAGCGCAUACAGAAGCUUGUCACCGAGCUUGAGAACAUGGACGGCAACGUCGGCGCUUGCUGCCAGGCCUUGACGGAGAUGCUUGGGAAACUUUGUUCAAAUAAAGAGACAAUGUCGCUGAAGACGUUGUGUUGCAAAUUGGUGGGAAAGCCACUGAAUCUGGAUGUUCUCUUGCUGUUCGACAAACCUACAACUAUCCUGAGUCCUCUCUGCGAGCUGUUGGAUAACUGGGGAUACGAGGAUGACCAAGGCGAGUACCAACCAGUCUAUGAGGAAUUCGGCUCUGUUUUGCUGCUCCUGCUGGCAUUCGUCUAUCGCUACAACCUGUCCGCGUCCGACCUGGGAAUCCGGUCUGCGGACUCAUUCGUUGCUAAGCUUCUCGCCAAUGGACAGCUCAGCCGUCCACUGGACGAGCUGAAUGACCAGGAGAAGAACCAGCUCAACGGUUGGAUCCAUGGCCUCUUCGACACGGACGGAGGGGGCCUUGCCGACGAUUUGCUGUCGUCCUGUCCACCGCAAGACCUCUAUCUCCUGAUACCAACUCUGUUCCACAAUAUUGUCCUGGCUUUCAGCACCGGGCAUCUAACAGAGGAGACCCUCAAGACGGGUAUCGAAUAUCUCGUGGAACCAUUUCUGGGGCCGUCCCUCGUGACGGGUAUCAUGGCCACGGUCAAGAUUCUGCAGCUUAUCAUAAGACCAAGUCAGAAGAUGUCGCCCGAGUCCUCCGACAUGCUCAACACGGUGAAGAACAUUGUUGCCAAACCACUGGAGAGUGGGCUGCGGACGUACCAAAGGCAGAAUCCCAGAAGCCAAGACGUCGAACCUCUGUUGCAAGUUCUCAAGGGCAACGUCGAGCUUUCCAGGCGCACGGGUGCCGCGGGUGACAAGGAGCUGGAGCAGUGGACCAGUAGCGGUAGCGGGGGUCUCACCGCGAGUGUCAGAAACACGUUCCAGAACCUCACGAUGUGGUCUCUGAACCCUGGUGUCAUGCCGACGGCAUACGCACACCGGCAGAUCCUGGUGGGACUCAAGCUGAUGGGCGCCAGGAGGCUGCUUCAGGCCAUCCUCGAGGAGCUCAAGCAGCUGACCGAGACGGGCAACGGGAGCAUAGCCUACGAUGUCGCCAUCGCGCUGGUGUGCGCCCCGGACGUGUCCAGCAUCGCCAACGACGCCCUGGCACCGACGCCGCCGCAGCGUCGCCUGUCGCUGCGCGAGGCGCUCAAGUGGGAGGCCGAAGAGUGGAAGAAGAUCCAGAAGAAAGACCCGGCCAUGGCGGAGACGGUGGUCCGGCUGUACCAAAAGGUCGAGGCGCAGAUGACCCCAGCGGCGACCAUCGCGGCGCUCCCGCACGACGCCGAGGCCGCUGCCAUGGCCAACGCGCUCGUGGACGACGCUGCUGCCGUCAACGCGGCGGCGAGCCAACUCGGGAUGGACGACCCGAUGGCGCUCGACGCUGGGGCGGCGGGCCUGUCGUUGGACCUGGGAGGCAGCGGCGGGGACUUGAACCUGGGUGGCUCUGGGGCAGAUUCAGCGGGUGGGCUAGACCUGACUGGAGGCGAUGACAUGUUCAGUGCGUUAGGGCCGCUGGAUGGAUGGGACAGCAUGGACCUAACUUAG